AUGCGAACCUCAAAAGUUAGCGGACUUCAGUGGCUUUAUUUGCAAUAUAUUCUUGUAACUGGUCUGUAUAUGGUUGAACCGUGGGAGAGGGCAAUAUUCAACUGUUUCUUCAUUGGAUUUAUUGGGAUUCUUUUUUACAUUGUCUGCUCUUUCAUUUUUGUUAUUUUGUUUCAGGCUGGAGGUAAAGUUAAAAUACUUCUGAAAGCAGUCGGUGGAGCACCCAUUAUGAAGCAGAAGUGUUUUUCUGUUAAUGAGUCUACCACUGUUGCGGAGUUGACAGCAAACAUAAGAAAAAUUUUAAAGUUAGGAUCGAAUGACAGCCUCUUUCUGUAUGUAAAUCAGUGUUUUGCCCCAUCGCCAGACCAGACGCUUUUGAACUUACGCAACUGCUUUGCUGCAGGUAUAUCGGAACUGGUGCUACACUACAGUUUAACAAGUGCGUGGGGCUAA